GUUUAUGGCCACGACUUCAACCAGCUCAGGGGAAUUUUCUACAACAAAUUCAUCGUGCCGGAGUAACUGGGUCUUGAACCGUGAAGGAUGCUGCAUAAAUAUCGCAGAAGGCAAAGGAAGAGGAGUUUAUGCAUCUCGCGUCAUACCACCCCAGACCGUAAUCGAAGUUAGCCCUGUGCUACUUUUCACCAGAACUGAGUAUGAGAACUAUGGACGACAUACGAUCCUGGACCAUUACACGUUCAAAUGGCAAGAUGGACGAAUGGCUCUCGCCCUUGGGCUCGGUGAGAUUUGUUCUGCAUAUCAUCAUCGUUCACUCAAUGGAGACACGUUGGUACUGCCUAGGCUCCCUUUUUAAUCAUUCGAGCCAUCCAAAUGUGACAUACAUGAUCGAUCCUGCUCAUCAGUGUAUCAGAUACACGUCCACAAGGACAGUCAACCCCGAGGAAGAGUUGUGUAUCUUCUAUGGCCAUAGACUCUGGUUUAAUCUCGUGGGCACAGCAGAAAAUUUGAAACCUCAAGUCUGUCUCGAUCAAAGUGACCAGUCUGAAUUUCUUGAUAUUCUGGCUAUCGAUAGUGAAGUGGAUGAGGUUGAACCAUGGGACACUGGCGACCCGAACGAUAUACUGGAAGGCGAGGCUCUUCCGUUCACUUGGAAGAAGCUUCAAAUAGAUGAAGAAGAGGAGUCAAUGGAAGAUAUUAGAACAAUACAAGCCUGGGCAGUUGACAUCCCGGACUCAAAACACAUAGCGACGAUGUUAAAAUGGCUGAAACAGUCAGGUCUCGAGAGCGAUACUCUAUCGCAUCUCAAACGCAUCAGGAAAAGAGACAGUAUUUCCACGCUCCUGCUCAGCGUCUCAUCCUCUGUUCCUUUACUUCCUACGAACGUUGAUAUCGGAGAUCCCUAUCAGAUUUCUGUCCCCUGCAAUCCCGCUUUAACACAAACAUCACUUAUCUUAAAAAUACUUUUUCAAUGGGCUCGUGAUGCCAUCAGUCAUAUCUUGCGAAAUACCGCUCAGACUGAUGAGCUUCCGGUCAUCGCACACGUGCCCAAGCCCUUCGAAGAUGAAGCUCUAUUGUCUCGGUCAUUUACAGCCAAAGACGCGCGUAUAUCCACUGGGCAUCCUUUACGCCAUGCCGCAAUGAACAUCAUUCGAAACGUAGCUGAUUGGCGUGCAAAAACGUCCCCGACCGAUCUUCUACCCGACCCCCUGAAGCCCGCUACUUCCCCGUCUAACGGCAGCCUUGGAAUCUCAGAUACAUUAUCCAACGGCGCAAACUACCUGCUAACUGGGCUUACGCUUUUCAUAACCCACGAACCAUGCAUCAUGUGCAGCAUGGCACUGCUGCAUUCGCGCGUCAAAGAGACAGGAGGAUGUGGUGGAUCUGCAUGUCUGCCUGCACUCAAGGGAGUUAACCACCGCUACAGCAUCGCACAGUGGAGAUCGAGAGAAGGCAGUGCAGCCCCAGCACAUCUUGAUGAACAGAUAGAUGCAUAGCGAUUAGAUGGAUAUAUAAUGAACAGUCAUCUAGAUGGCUUAAUAGCGAUGAUCGAAUACGCGACAGAGCCAUCUAAACGGUCCUUCUAACUUCUUCUGGUGUUGACGAGCAGAUGUAUAGAUGCCUGGCAAGUAGAUGGAUAUCUGGAUGUAAGGAGUGCUGCUCUACUGACGACGGAAUCCCUUUGUACCACUUUGAUGAGCCACUCGCUUACAUAUAAAAGCAUGUCCUUGCUUUCGGUAUGCAUCGGUGAAUCAAAGUCUCCCACUCACCAGCCAGUACUCGUCAUGUUGCAUGAACCGUCAUUCGCGCAUCAUUCCCCCUCGAACUUGUUAACAGCACUCCAUAGAUGGCCA